GAAAGAAAGAAAGAGAUGGCUUCCAAACCUCAUGCUGUAUGUGUCCCAUAUCCAGCUCAAGGUCAUGUAAACCCAAUGCUGAAGCUAGCAAAAGCCCUUCACCAUAAAGGCUUUCACAUAACUUUUGUCAACACCGAGUAUAACCAUAAACGGCUUCUCAGAUCCAGAGGCUCAAAUUCACUUGAUGGUUUGCCAGAUUUUUGCUUUGAAACCAUUCCGGAUGGCCUCCCACCAUUGGCUGCUGAUGCAACCCAAGACAUUCCUUCUUUAUGUCAUUCCCUUUCAACCAACUGCUUGGACCCGUUUCGUGAGCUCCUUUACAAGCUCAAUCACUCUACAUGUUCAAAUGGGCCCCCCGUUACCUGUAUUGUUUCAGAUGAUGCCAUGUCAUUCCCUAUUGAAGCAGCUGAAGAAUUUGGCAUUCUUGGCGUACGUUUUUGGACAGCAAGCGCUUGCUCAUGUGUUUGCUAUUCUCAGUUUCCGCGUUUGGUUGAAGAAGGGUUAACUCCUGUCACAAGUGCAAAUGGUAUAACAAAUGAAUAUUUGGAUACUGUCAUAGAGUGGACUCCUGGAAUGAAAAAUAUACGUUUUAGGGAUUUUCCAAGUUACGUUAGAACUACGGACCCGAAUGAUCGGAUGCUCAAUUAUCUCCUCAAAGAAAUCCUGGGCGAUUAUAAAGCAUCAGCUUUGAUUUUCAACACAUUUGACUCGUUAGAGCAAGACGCUUUGAAUACUAUGUCCGCCAUCCACGUUAUUCCUGUUUACAGCAUUGGUCCUCUUCAUUUACUUGCUGAUCAGAUCAGAGAUGAUAAAUUGGAACAAAUUGAUUCAAAUUUGUGGACAGAACAACCUGAAUGUGUCGACUGGCUCAAUUCCAAAGAACCAAACUCUGUGCUCUAUGUAAAUUUUGGUAGUGUGGCAGUAAUGACUCCUGAACAGCUAAUCGAAUUUGCUUGGGGUCUAGCUAAUAGCAAAAAGCAGUUUUUGUGGAUAAUAAGGCCUGAUCUUGUCACGGGUAAGGCAGCCAUUUUGCCACCUGAAUUCGUCUCCGAAACUAAAGAUAGAGGCAAGUUAGCGAGCUGGUGUCCACAAGAACAAGUCCUAAAGCACCCAUCGGUAGGAGGGUUCUUAUCUCACAUGGGAUGGAAUUCAACAAUCGAAAGUAUAUCUGCUGGUGUGCCAAUGCUUUGUUUGCCAUUUCUUGCAGAUCAGCAAACUAACUGCCGGUUUGCUUGCAGGGAAUGGGGUAUUGGCAUGGAGGUUGAUAACAAUGUAAAGAGAGAUCAAGUGGAGAUACUUGUGAGGGAGUUAAUGGAGGGAGAAAAGGGAGUGGAAAUGAAGGCAGAGGCCACGGAAUGGAAGAAAAAAGCAGAGAAGGCUUCCAGGCCUGGUGGUUCUUCUUUCAAGAACUUGGAUAAACUGUUAACCAACGUUCUUUCGUCAGAUAAGAAUAUGUAUCAUAACAAACAUUAGAAGUCUCCCCCAUGAAAUUUGUACCUGAAGCUCGGAUUGUGGGGGUCAAAUUUACAAAGUAUUUCUCUAGGGAAUGUUGUCAUGUCCGAGUAGCUUUCUGCUAAUAAUUAA